AUGUCAUCCACUUCUAGAAAGGAUACUCCUCCCCAAUCUUCUUCUCCAUCCCAGAUUUCCUCCCCCAAAAAAACUACACAGAUGAAUAAUCCAACCCAUAUGCCACAUAUAAAGCAGGAACCCCCAUCAAGCACAGAAAAUACACACUGCAGAAGCCGGUCUUCAUCAAGGGCGAGUACUCCGAGUGCGGUUGCCCGAAACAGCCGCUUUAACGGCAUUGUUCUGAUCCCCCAAUUGGAUAUCAUAGACAAAGAACUCGCCUACAGGCAAAAACUGGGGCGUCCCUUUAAGGUGAUUCAAAAUCUCCCCGUGUCGAACUCUCAGGCAGACUACAGCUUGCUCAAUAGUGCACUUUCGGUCAGAGCCAGCGGCUCCUUGUACAACUCGUUGAUAGUAUCGAGACACAACUGGUUGCACAAUGUGUUUCAGCCUUGCUGGACAAGAAGAGACCAGUAUCUGGCUUCAUCAAAGGAUAGGAAGCGUGAUCGGAUGAGCAAGCUAUGCGAUGCGAAGAUUCAGUGUGGCCCGCACAUCUUUCCGAUCAAGCUCUUUAUUUUGAAAGAUGACAAGCGAGAAAAAGAGCAUGAGGAGGAGAUCGAGCGGAAAAAGGAGGAGAGACGUAAGCGGAAAGAGCACAAGGAGCAGAUCAAGCUUGAGCACAAGCAGGAGGAGGGCAAAAUUGCCGAAAGCGGUAAGAAAAUGGGUGCGGAAGAUCACGAAAAGAGGAAAGUAAGCAUUAAUAUGAGUCCUGCAUUAGCAAAGCCGGGAAAGCACAAUGUGGAUGAAAAAGAUGAUCCUGCUUUAAAGCGGAGAAAGGUUGAUGAGAGGGUCCAGAAUGGUAAAGAGAGGGAUGUUUUUGUUAGCAAAGGGUGUGUUAAAGAGAAUAGUGCUUUAAAAACUGCUUCUAAGGAAAAUGCAUCAAAUAUCACUUCCAAGGGAAGUACAUCAAGGAUCACUUCCGAGGAAAAUACAUUAAAGAUCACUUCCAAGGAAAAUAUAUCAAAGAUCGCUUCCAAGGAUAAUUCUUUAAAACCUGCUUCUAAAGAAAAAGAUUCAAAUGAUUCCUCAAGCCAAAGCCCUUCCCAAGAGAAAAGCAAUACUGCUGAAAAAGUUGGAAACUUUACGAAGAGUGAAAAAGAUGACCCCACCAAGCAUAACACCAAUAAAGAAACCUCACGCAACAAUAUUAAACAAAAGAAGGAGCAACCUGCCGGUAAGCAAGUCAAAGAAGGUGCUGCUUCGCAAUCUGGGCAAAAAAGUGUAUCAGACUCAAAACAACAGAAGCCAAGCACUCAUACCCUAAUGUCAGACCCCCAAAACGUGAUCAUGAUCCAUAACUUGAAUCGCAUGGCAAGAAACGACCCCUUCUUGAGUAAAUUGAUGCAGGUUGUUGCGAUUGGCCAAGCAAGCAAGCCACAGGUGGCUAAGUUUCAGGAAUUUAUUCAGAAAGCAAAGGAUAUGGGAGAUGUUGAUGGGUAUUUGAAGAAGUAUGAGGCCGAGAAGAAGAGAAAGUCGGCAGUGAAGGAAAUUUCAAAAGAAGAGAACGAUCCAAAGAAAAAAGUGACGAGAAGAAAAUCCAAGGAGGAGAAAGAAAAGGAGAAAGAGCAAUUGAGACUGGAGAAGCAAAUAAGGAAGCAGAAGCAGAGAGAGGAAAGAGAGAGGCUGAAAAUGUUAGAGAAAGAGAAGAGAGAGCGAGAACGAGAGUUGAAAAGGGAGCAGAGACGAUUGGAGCGAAUUAAGGAGAAGAAAGAAAGAGAAAAAGAGCGGGAAAUCAGAGAGAAGGAAAGAGCAGAGAAAAGAAUGCUGAGAGAAAAAGAAAGACUCGAGAAACUGAAGCGGAAAGAGCAAAGAGAGAGAGAAAAAAUGCUGAAAAAGGAGAGAAUGGCGUUGAGGCAUGUGCAAACUGAAAAGGAGAGGAAACUGGAAGAAGAGAGGCAAAGAAAAGAGGCAUUGGAAGGAAAAUUGACUUCUUUCCAGGAAAGAUAUUCGAGUGGGGCGACCUUGGUUUUCGAAUUCCACGAAAACACGUCUGCGCGGUUUUACAUCCCGCGGGAUGCGAUAAUGGAGGUUUUAAACGAGAAAAAUGACGAGAAUGAGGCGAAAAAGAGCUCGACGGAGGACAGAAUCGGCCAAAAUGUGAUUAAAACAGAGCCGGAAACAGAAAAAGUCGAUGGGCGUAAGCCGUACGUCGAUAUUCUUGUGUCGUUUGUUCUGGUGCACAACAUCCAGGAGAUCGAGGAGUGGAAAGAGCGCAAAAGAUUGAGAGACACGGAAAAGCAAAAGCAACAGGCGGAAACGUUGAAAAAAAGACAAGAAGAGAGGCUGAAGCUGGCCGAGUUGGCCGAGGAGAAAAAGAAGGAGGCGGUUGCCAAGAAGAGUUCGAAGAAAAAAAGAAGACACAGGAAGAACUGGGGGUCGUCCAGAAGAAAAACAAGAAGUUCUUCCAUACAGCAGCAGGAAAGACGGCUGAAAAAGGAAGCAGAGUUGUCGUACAAGGCAGAGAAUGAGGAGGAUGAGGAGAGAAUGGAUCCGGAGCCUGUUCCUGUUUACUCCACCACAACAGUUACUUUGAAAGAUGUCCCGGCGAAGUUUGCGGACCUGGUGAAGAAUAGUGGGGAAACAGUGCAAGAGUCGCGUGUUUCGAUGGAGAAAAUGAUGGAAUGUGGCCAGCGUUUGGAUCAAAAGCAUAUGUGGUACCAGCUAGACGGUGUAAAGGAUGAACUUCUAGCCGAAACAUUGAGGUUCAAUCUCAACAGGCUGGAUUAUAUCAACGGAGGUGGAAAAUUGAAGGGCCGGGCCAUGCUCAAGCGGAUUGUGGAGAAGAGUGGCUCAGAUGCAGACGUGAAGAUAAGAAGGAGGAGGAGGAACUGA